AGCCCUGCCGCCAACGCCGCCGCCGCCAUGGCCACGCCGCUGUCCACCCGCGCGGGCGGCGGGCCCGCCACGCCGCUGUCGCCCACGCGCCUGUCGCGGCUGCAGGAGAAGGAGGAGCUGCGGGAGCUCAAUGAUCGCCUGGCGCACUACAUCGACCGUGUCCGCGCGCUCGAGCUCGAGAACGACCGGCUGCUGCUCAAGAUCUCGGAGAAGGAGGAGGUGACCACGCGCGAGGUGAGCGGGAUCAAGGCGCUGUAUGAGUCAGAGCUGGCGGAUGCCCGCCGGGUCUUGGACGAGACAGCGCGGGAGCGCGCCCGGCUGCAGAUUGAGAUCGGGAAGCUGAGAGCCGAGCUGGAGGAGACCAACAAGAGCGCCAAGAAGCGGGAGGGCGAGCUCACAGUGGCCCAGGGCCGCGUCAAGGACCUGGAGUCCCUGUUCCACCGCAGCGAGGUGGAGCUGGCCGCCGCCUUCAGUGACAAGCGCGGUCUUGAGAACGACGUGGCCGAGCUGCGGGCCCAGCUAGGCAAGGCAGAAGACGGCCACGCUGUGGCCAAAAAGCAGCUGGAGAAGGAGACGCUGAUGCGUGUGGACCUGGAGAACCGCUGCCAGAGCCUGCAGGAGGAGCUCGACUUCCGCAAGAACGUGUUUGAGGAGGAGGUGCGAGAGACCCGGCGGCGGCACGAGCGCCAGCUGGUGGAGGUGGAUAGCAGCCGGCAGAAGGAUUAUGAGUUCAAGAUGGCCCAGGCGCUGGAGGAGCUGCGCAGCCAGCACGAUGAACAAGUGCGGCUGUACCGGCUGGAGCUGGAGCAGACCUACCAGGCCAAGCUGGAGAACGCCAAGCUGAGCUCGGACCAGAACGACAAGGCUGCCAGCGCGGCCCGCGAGGAGCUGAAGGAGGCUCGCGUGCGGGUUGAGUCCCUGAGCUACCAGCUCUCCGGCCUCCAGAAGCAGGCCAGCGCGGCUGAGGACCGGAUCCGGGAGCUGGAGGAGACAAUGGCCGGGGAGCGGGACAGGUUCCGGAAGAUGCUGGAUGCCAAGGAGCGGGAGAUGACGGAGAUGCGGGACGUGAUGCAGCAGCAGCUGGCCGAGUACCAGGAGCUUCUGGACGUGAAGCUGGCCCUGGACAUGGAGAUCAGCGCCUACCGCAAGCUGCUGGAGGGCGAGGAGGAGAGGCUGAAGCUGUCCCCCAGCCCGUCUUCGCGGGUGACCAUCUCCCGGGCCACCUCGAGCAGCAGCAGCAGCAGCGUGUCCACCGCGGGGCGCCCGGGCCGCAGCAAGCGGAAGCGGCUGGAGGUGGAGGAGGCGCUGGGCUCGGGCUCCAGCGGCAUCGGCACGGGCAGCAGCGCGAGCAGCGCCAGCAGCUUCCAGCUGUCCCAGCAGGCGUCCGCCACGGGCAGCAUCAGCAUCGAGGAGAUCAACCUGGAGGGCAAGUUCGUGCAGCUGAAAAACAACUCCAACAAGGAUCAGUCUCUGGGUAACUGGAAGAUCAAGAGGCAGGUGGUGGAAGGGGACGAAAUCGCCUACAAGUUCACGCCCAAGUGUGGGCAGCGGGAGCAGGGGUGACCCACAGCCCCCCUGCCACACUCGUGUGGAAGAGCCAGAACAGCU